AUGACCCCAGAACCAACCAAUGGCAUUAAUCCACCAACAAUCAUAGACACGGACGUCUGUCAGUCAAAAAAAAGUCAGGAUGACGCACAAAGCAACCAGUGUGGAGACCUCCACAACAUACUCCUCGGGUCAAAAGGGAAUCUAGAGACAAGUGGUGUUCGCUCGUCCGACCAUUAUGGAAGUGAAAGUGUGGAAUCUCCUGAGUCUUCAGAAACACCUAGAGGGCAUCAAUCUUUGUGCAAUACAGACGCAACCAAUGCAAUGAAAAACAUUUCUGCUCACACUAAGCAGACAUCCAUUCAUAUUAAAACACCACUUUCUCCGCGGUUACAGAACAGUAGGAGACUGCGUUACUCAAGCGGAUCUGAUGAUUCGAUGAUAUUUUCUCAAAACGAAACGCUUUCUGAGCAAAGUGAAACAGAAGUCAGAGUAUCAGCAUUGCACGAGCAACUGAAGCAAAGAAAAUUAGAAGCAGAACGCCUUCAACGGGAGCACAAGCGAGCUCAGAGGGAACGACUGAAAAUGAAGGAGCAAGCUUUGAUCAAGCAAAUACAG